CGCGGAGGCCGGACCGGGCGGCGGCCCAAGCGGCGCGGGGGGCACGGCGGCCAAGGCGGGCGGCGCGGGCGACAUGACGGACAACAUCCCGCUGCAGCCGGUGCGCCAGAAGAAGCGGAUGGACAGCAGGCCCCGCGGCGGGUGCUGCGAGUGGCUGAGAUGCUGUGGUGCAGGGGAGCCCAGGCCCCGCACGGUCUGGUUGGGGCACCCCGAGAAGAGGGACCAGAGAUACCCUCGAAAUGUCAUCAACAAUCAGAAGUACAACUUCUUCACCUUUUUGCCUGGGGUGCUGUUUAACCAGUUCAAAUACUUCUUCAACCUCUACUUCCUACUUCUCGCCUGCUCCCAGUUCGUCCCUGAAAUGCGACUGGGAGCACUGUACACCUACUGGGUUCCCCUGGGCUUCGUGCUGGCCGUCACCAUCAUCCGAGAGGCGGUGGAGGAGAUCCGAUGCUACAUACGAGACAAGGAAGUCAACUCGCAGGUCUACAGCCGGCUCACAGCGAGAGGGACAGUGAAGGUGAAGAGCUCCAGCAUCCAAGUUGGAGAUCUUAUCAUUGUGGAGAAGAACCAGCGGGUCCCUGCUGACAUGAUCUUCCUGAGGACAUCAGAAAAAAACGGGUCUUGCUUCCUGCGGACGGAUCAGCUGGACGGAGAGACGGACUGGAAACUUCGGCUUCCCGUGGCCUGCACUCAGAGGCUGCCCACCGCUGCUGACCUUCUACAGAUUCGAUCGUAUGUGUAUGCAGAGGAGCCAAACAUCGACAUUCACAACUUUGUGGGGACUUUCACCAGAGAGGACAGCGACGCCCCGAUCAGCGAGAGCCUGAGCAUAGAGAACGCGCUCUGGGCAGGCACAGUCACCGCGUCAGGUACUGUUGUGGGUGUUGUUCUCUACACGGGGAGAGAACUCCGGAGUGUCAUGAAUACCUCAAAUCCUCGAAGUAAGAUUGGCCUGUUUGACCUGGAAGUGAACUGCUUAACAAAGAUCCUCUUUGGAGCUCUGGUGGUGGUGUCUCUGGUCAUGGUCGCCCUCCAGCACUUCGCCGGACGUUGGUACCUACAAAUCAUCCGCUUCCUCCUUUUGUUUUCCAACAUCAUUCCCAUCAGUCUGCGUGUGAACCUGGACAUGGGCAAGAUCGUGUACAGCUGGGUGAUUCGCAGGGAUUCGAAAAUCCCCGGGACCGUGGUUCGCUCCAGCACGAUUCCCGAGCAGCUGGGGAGGAUUUCCUACCUACUCACAGAUAAGACCGGAACUCUUACCCAGAAUGAGAUGGUUUUCAAACGGCUCCAUCUAGGCACUGUGGCCUAUGGCCUCGACUCAAUGGAUGAAGUACAAAGCCACAUUUUUAGUAUUUACACCCAGCAAUCCCAGGACCCGCCCGCUCAGAAGGGUCCCGCGCUCACCACCAAAGUGCGGCGGACCAUGAGCAGCCGCGUGCACGAAGCCGUCAAGGCCAUCGCGCUGUGCCACAACGUCACCCCCGUGUACGAGUCCAACGGUGUCACCGACCAGGCCGAGGCGGAGAAGCAGUACGAGGACUCCUGCCGCGUGUACCAGGCGUCCAGCCCGGACGAGGUGGCCCUGGUGCAGUGGACCGAAAGUGUGGGCUUAACACUGGUGGGCCGUGACCAGUCUUCCAUGCAGCUGAGGACCCCUGGUGACCAGAUCCUGAACUUCACCAUCUUGCAGAUCUUCCCUUUCACCUACGAAAGCAAACGCAUGGGCAUCAUCGUGAGGGAUGAAUCAACUGGGGAGAUUACGUUUUACAUGAAGGGAGCGGAUGUCGUCAUGGCUGGCAUCGUGCAGUACAACGACUGGCUGGAGGAAGAGUGUGGAAACAUGGCCCGGGAAGGACUGCGGGUGCUUGUGGUGGCGAAGAAAUCUCUAGCAGAGGAGCAGUAUCAAGACUUUGAGGCCCGCUAUGUCCAGGCCAAGCUGAGUGUGCACGACCGUUCCCUGAAAGUGGCCACAGUGAUUGAGAGCCUGGAGAUGGAGAUGGAGCUGCUGUGCCUGACAGGGGUGGAGGACCAGCUCCAGGCGGACGUGAGGCCCACCCUGGAGACCCUGAGGAACGCCGGCAUCAAGGUUUGGAUGCUGACGGGGGACAAGCUGGAGACAGCUACAUGCACAGCAAAGAAUGCACAUCUGGUGACCAGAAACCAAGACAUCCACGUUUUUCGGCUGGUGACCAACCGCGGCGAGGCCCACCUCGAGUUGAACGCCUUCCGCAGGAAGCACGACUGUGCCCUGGUCAUCUCCGGAGACUCCCUGGAGGUUUGCCUCAAGUACUACGAGUACGAGUUCAUGGAGCUGGCCUGCCAGUGCCCGGCCGUGGUCUGCUGCCGCUGCGCGCCCACCCAGAAGGCCCAGAUCGUACGCCUGCUCCAGGAGCGCACGGGGAAGCUCACGUGUGCAGUAGGUGAUGGAGGCAAUGACGUCAGUAUGAUCCAGGAAUCUGACUGCGGUGUGGGUGUCGAGGGAAAGGAAGGAAAACAGGCUUCGCUGGCUGCGGACUUCUCCAUCACUCAGUUCAAGCACCUUGGCCGGCUACUCAUGGUGCACGGCCGGAAUAGCUACAAGCGCUCGGCCGCCCUUAGCCAGUUUGUGAUCCACAGGAGCCUCUGCAUCAGCACCAUGCAGGCUGUCUUUUCCUCCGUGUUUUACUUUGCCUCCGUUCCUCUCUAUCAAGGAUUCCUCAUCAUUGGGUACUCCACCAUCUAUACCAUGUUUCCUGUGUUUUCUCUGGUCCUGGACAAAGAUGUCAAGUCAGAAGUUGCCAUGCUGUACCCUGAGCUCUACAAGGAUCUCCUCAAGGGACGGCCGUUGUCCUACAAGACAUUCUUGAUAUGGGUUUUGAUCAGCAUCUAUCAAGGGAGCACCAUCAUGUACGGGGCGCUGCUGCUGUUUGAGUCGGAAUUCGUGCACAUUGUGGCGAUUUCCUUCACGUCGCUGAUCCUCACGGAGCUGCUGAUGGUGGCCCUCACCAUCCAGACCUGGCACUGGCUCAUGACGGUGGCCGAGCUGCUCAGCCUGGCCUGCUACGUCGCCUCCCUGGUGUUCCUCCACGAAUUUAUCGACGUGUACUUCAUUGCCACAUUGUCCUUCUUGUGGAAAGUGUCUGUCAUCACUCUGGUCAGCUGUCUGCCCCUCUAUGUCCUCAAGUACCUGCGAAGGCGGUUCUCCCCUCCCAGCUACUCGAAGCUCACGUCCUAGGCCGGGCGCUCGGGAGAGGACCCCGGUCUCCGCACUCUCCUGGCGGACAGAGUUCAAGUUGCGUUUCUAUUAACCACCACCACCCGUGGAUUGUGCAGUGGUGGCUCCCACGUGCAGUUCUGACAUGAAGAGGCUCUGCGCUUCCACGGAGCCCGACACCGCAUAAACAGGAGGGAGGCGCCUGAGAGGGCCCCACGCGGGCCUGCCUGAGCCCCUGGUGAUUCACAGUCGAGUGAUUGUGACUGUGUGAAAACCGGCGACUCAGCCGAGAGAUUUAUUCAUGGGUCACUGUGCAGGCUUCCUUAUGACUUGAAUUUUGUUGUCAUGUGAUAAAAGUUUCUGUCUAGUCGAAGACUGUAGAGGGUUUUUUGGUUGUUGUUUUAAACAAUCCCAAUGUGUGUGCACUUUUACGUCUUUCUGCUCUUAAAAAACUGGUUUCAGACAAAGAUAAAGCUCUCAGUAUAGGUUUGGGGGAAAAGACGGUGACAUUUGGUAAGAAGUUAACCGGACAGUAACCUCAAUUUGGAAAUGCUAAAUAUCCUCUCUAAGGCAGCCCUGCUUAUCGAAACGGCACUGGAUUCCUAGGAUUACAGAAAACCACAUGAGAAGAGAGCAGAAGAGAGAGAGAACCGUAAAUCCGUAUGUUAUCCUUCCUCCAGUUCAGCAUCUGUGGUCCUGGAGUUAACAUCACCUGUCACCUCGUAAAAGAAUUUCAAAGGUGUUAUCUUGCUUUGUUCCGAUCUGGUAACAAUUACAAAGCCUGUGGCUAUCUGAGGACACUCUGAGACAUUUUCAGCAGAGUUGUUUUAGCAGGAAACGUGCCACUGAACGGCCCCUAAAUGUGUCGACAGUGUGACAAGAGACUCAGCUAAUUCUUUAGGCAACGUAGCACAUGUGGCUCAGACCCUCUAAGUCUAAAGUGGAAAGGUCAGGGACUGGGGCUCUUUACGUCCACAGAAAUCUGUUUCCUGUUAGGAGGAAUUACUGAGGACACAAUGAUAAAGGCAGAGGCGUCUUAGCAUGCUGCCAUUCAUCAGUGGCAGCUUCGAGCAAGGAGCCCCAGUCGAAGGAGGCCCGGGCUACAGCUCUGGGGUCUGGGCUCGGUUGCGCAGCCUACAGAUUUCAAGGGGAACUUGCUGGAAGGCAGCCAGGAGUAGAGAUUCCUCUCCCCACCAGGGUGGGGCCCACGCAUGUGUGUUUCCUAUAAAGCUGUGGCUUCUUGUUUCAGGGGAAGAAGAGAAUUUUCAAGCGCUGGAUGUGGCCCGGCAAAGCUUUCUUGGGUUUUCAAGUCUCUCCUGGCAGAAGCCACAUGUGCGUGCCAGGGGAUUAGGUUGGUGGAUCUGCAAGAGCUGAUCGUGCUCGAGAUCUUAGAUUUGUGAUUAAUUCUUUAUGAGUACAUACCCUCCAGCCCUUCAGCCUGGUUCUUCUUCAUGUGCUUCAGAGAUGUAAGUUAUGGCUACCACCCUAGGGUAAGCCUGCUCUUGGAGAGCUGGGGACACGAGGCCCUUGACUUUGGAGCACUCGAUAUGCUCGUGUAUUUCUGUUGCCCUUUUAAAACUUUAUAGAAUUGACAGUAAGUUGCAGGCACUGUGAAAUUGGCUAUGACAUCACUUCUAUUUUAGUUUUAAGAUUCUGCAGUUUUGCAGGAUUUUUCCCAUUCUGUCCCAGCCAUUUCUGCCACACAGAAAACAUUUACAGGAGGUAAAUGUUGUAUUGAAUGAAUGGUUAUUCAGGAAGAGGAUCUUUGUCCAAAACUUUGAGAAGGGGCGAGCAGGUCUGACGUCUUUGCUGGGUGAUUCUAUGUGGUUUCAGAGGUGGAGUGAGAGGACGUAGUGCUCAGCGUUUUUGUACCUGUGUGUCUGCUUGGAAGUCAGCCUGUAUAACCGGAAGUCUAAAGGUACUUCUACGCCCAGUUCUCAAACCGUGAACUUGACCUUGUUCACAGACAGGUGAUGGCUCCUACAGGUAGGUCUCAUGGAAAUUUUUAGAUGUUUCCAGCAGUGACAGGGAAUGAAGAUAGUCUCUUUGGUCUUUUCCUUAAUUCCCAGUUUUGAUCGAGGUGCUUGAGUUGACUUUGAAAGUCAACACCUAAACUCUUGCUCAGCAUCUGGGAAGGAGAAAGCGUCCCAGAGGAGCAGAAGCAGCUGUGCCUGGAGGUCGCAGGUGCGUUUGUGCCAUCAACAGACCCCCUCGUUCUGCCUUUUGACCGUACCCUGGUGGAGGCGGCCAAGGGUGAGAGGGACUAAAAUGCAAGUGGGGACCGUGACCGUGUUGGAGAGCCACCCUGCCAGGGGGCAGCCUGCUCCCGCUGCCUUCCGGGGUCCGGAGUGUCUAGGAAAACACGUGUGCUUCUCAAACUCUAGAGACCCACAUGGCGGGAGCCACGAGUCAGCUGAGAGUACACGAUCCUGACGUGCACACAUCAGCCUAUGAUCCCAACAGAGGAUCUGCGUACACAGGCACUUCCCGUGUUAGCUUAGCUGUGGAGAGAAGACAAAGGCACAGACAAAAAAAUCCAAGCCAUUUUACAGGAAACUGCUGAGUUCAUAAAAAGCAUAAGGAUUCCGUUCACCAGUCUGGAAGGAACUUAGGAAACACCGUUGACACCUUGGAGGUCCCCUCGCCUUGGAACUCAGCGGCCCCAAGUCUCCGACAGCCAGAGGCCCCUGGCACACAAUCAGCGCUGUUUAAAUACUUUCCUCAAAGUAAAAAUUACACCUCCCCCUGCCCUUUGACAACAUUAGGUAUUUCUGUCAGAGUAACUUAAUUUUAUUAUUUGAUGAUGACUUUUAUUAUAUUUUUUGGUGACGGUUGUGCGUGUGGGAAAGUGAGGAAUCCGUUGGGUGUCUCUUUUUCCCUCCCUUUCUCUAGGAAAGUGACCAGACAAGUGUCUCCAUCUUGAGUGCUUUCUUGUAUCUGCCUGUUUCAGUGCUAAUCUGAGAGUGUGCACAUGCAUGUGUGUGUUGCUUAUCGUGCUCCGUGAGACUGGCUGCACUAACUUGGGUUGCUUGGGGCAGAGGACUUCGCCCUAAAGCGGUGAAGGGCACCCCAAGGAGCAUCUUGAGAUUGGAGCAAACCAUCUGUUUACAGCCGCCUGGAGCUGGGAGGCCCAGGGCCGGGAUUCCUCCCACUUUUAGCUUUAUUAUAGCCAGAUCCCAGACUCGCUUCCCUUAAGUGAAACCCUUUUUCGUAGCAGUGAUCUUAAAUACCAACGUCUGCUUACCCUUUCCUCUGUAUGUUUUCCACUGAAAACUUAGGUUAUGCUGACAGUACUUUUGAAUGUAUUUUGGGCUUUUGUGCUCAUUGGAAAUUGACAUGAUCAUGCCUAUUUUUCUUUCUCUAGACCUUUGCUUUUAUACUUUGUUUUGUUUUUCCCGGGGUGGGAAUGGGAAUGCCCUUGCGCCUUUAUGGGGCAGCAUUUUAAACCUGCGCCAGAAUUGCAGAUGGGACCUACGUGAUCUUCUGCUCUAUCUUACUUAAGGCCAACACCUAUCAGCCACUUUUAUCUUGGAUCUUUUUGGUGUGUUUGAAACGUGUGUAUGUGUGAGUGUAUGAUGUCACCUCAAGUGUUUUGAAGACAUACUUGGUUUUCACUGCGUUAAAAUCCUGUCACGGUUUUGUUUUUCAUUAAGAAAUAUACAAGGAGCUUUGCAAAGACAACAGACUUUAUUUCUCCCUCCUUUUAACAUAAAGCUUUUUUUUUUUUUUGGUCAUUUAUAUGUAUGUCUUAGGAAAUAUUUCCAUUAAUUAAGUCCAUUGUGUCUUGGAAAAAUAUAUAUAUUAUGCUCUUGGAUGGAACCGAUAAGCACGUGAGCAGCAUUGCAGUACUUGGAGACGCUCAGCAUCUUCUCACACCAGCGCGGCGUUCCUGGGAAUCUGUCUUCUUCGUCACAGUAUGGUUGGAGACACAGUCUGUUGGUGUCGCUGGGCGAUGUCAGUGAAUAGUGUGUUUGCUGGGGGGCAGGAGGGGAGGGGGCGUGGUAUUUGCAAAAAACAAAUAUUGUGGCUCAUUUAUUAUUUUGUUGCAAUGGGGGCUGACUGAAUUCCUCUGGGACUCCUUGACUUCCUCAUUAGUAGAUUAUCUGUAAUCCUCAUGGCAGAUACUCACCAGGACAGCGUUUUUUGAUUAGAGGGAAGUGAUAGUACAGAGCUUUAAUUUAGCAGGAGCUCCCAGAUGAUUUAAAUUCUUGAUCCUGUGAUGACAUACAUGUGAUCCUGUGAGAUUCUGAGCGGUUCUAUUUUCAUUGUCUGCCAGCGUGGCCCGUUGCUGUUGCCCAAUAAAGCUUGUGUACUUUAUGCCUUUGGGGAUCAUUUUAAUUUGUGCAGGGACAUGAAACUCUGGUGUCAAAUUGAGAGCUUGUUAUUAUAAUGCUCCUAUGUUGUAUGUAUCUCAUGGUACAUAAAAUGUAAAUAGCUUUUUCUCCAGGUAAAGAAUUAUUUUAAUAUCAGCAAAAAAAAAAACCCCAAACCCAUGCAUUAUUUAUUAUUCUGUACUGUUGUCUAUUCCAGAUAUGUUAGAAUUUCAAAAAGUGAUCUAUAUAAAAAAAGCGAACAUA